AUGGAGAGCAACAUGGAGAGCAACACGAAGCUCUAUCCACUGGCGGUAGUAAUUCCAGUGCUCUCUGUGAUUUUUAUCUUUCUUUCCAUUCCACCACUGGUCCUUCAUUCAAAGAAUCGCAAUUACCCUGCCGCAAUCCUAAUCUGUUGGUCCAUUCUUCUGAGCAUCUUCAACAUCAUCAAUGCUCUCGUAUGGCCCACUGAUGACACCUCAACUUGGUGGAAUGGAGCCGGACCCUGCGAAAUCGAGGUCAGGUUUAUGGUUGCAAGCUACGUGGCUGUACCCGGUGCCCUAACUUGCAUUUUCCGAACACUCGCAAUGGCACUAGACACCAGCCGAGCAAUCCUGGUUCCCAGCAAGGCUCAGCGCUGGCGCAGUCGUCUUAUGGAAAUACUGUUCUGUGUGAUUGUUCCGGCCAUGGCCAUGAUCACUCAUUAUUUCUAUCAAAAAUCCCGCUAUCUUCUCUUCUCCAUCUCGGGCUGUGUCAACAACUAUGAUGAAAGCUGGAUGAGCUUCAUGCUGGCAUGGAUUUGGCCUCCCAUCAUUUGUAUGAUUGCUGCAUACUACUGUUGUCUCGUGCUCAUCCGUCUCCAUCGAUACCGCACUGACUUUGAGGCAAUUUUGCGCAGCUCGAAUAGCCAUUUGAGCAAAUCGCGAUUCCUGCGUCUCUUCCUGGUCGCUUUCACUAUGCUUAUCAUCAUCCUGCCGGUAGAGGGCUAUGUCAUGUAUUAUGACCUGUCUCUCUCACUCCCAUGGCACACCUACUCUUGGAGCCGCAUCCACAAUCCCAACUGGUACCGUAUUGCAAUGGUUCCAACAUAUGGAUCAGUCUUCUUUGAUCGCUGGACACCCAUCGCUAUGGGCUUCAUAACCUUUGUCUUCUGUGGUCUCGGCCGUGAUGCUGUUCGCGUUUACAAAUUGAUUCUCUGGCAUCUUGGUUUUGGCUACUGUUUCUUCGGCAUGGCCCGUCCCCUCGACUCACAGUCUUCGACUCAGCCUGCUCAAAAUUCGAAUUCUACUCCCCUGGUUGAUUCAGGCUCUCGAAAGGAGACAUCCAUGUUCCACUGGCGUAAAAAGAUUCCGGAUGUUGAAAUGGGUAUUCGAUCUUCUUCUCAUCUUGGCCAUGAUAGUCCUCCCAUUCCGUGGUACAAGGUUCUCUUGUCACUGUUCACCCGUCGUUCUGCUCGACGCAAUAAUCCGGAUACUAUGUUGGCUGCUCUGCAUGUUCCGGAUCAGACGGUUUGUACGAGUGCUUGGGCCGGAACGAGCCAGACUCGCUCUAGUGGUGAUUUUUCGGAUAUGGCUUCUCCUGUGCGCAACCAAUCUAUUCAUGUUAAGCAGGUGAUUUCUCAGCAGAGUGAGGUCCACAUUUGA